UUAGGUCUUCCAGUUGACAGGGAACUUUUUCGUGUUAAAAGAAAACGAGAAACAGAACGUGAAAUUGAUGAGGAUUUUGUUCAUAAAGUUCGAAGAUCACAGGAUGAAAGAGAAACUGAGAUGAGACACAAACGACGUUUUUUCGCCCCAGAGACAACGGAACACAAAACAAAAGUUUUCACAACAAAAAUGGAAGCAAGAUCUUCUCGUUCUUCCCGUGAGGAUAAUGACAUCACAGCGAGGCGGCCCGAGAGGUUUCGAAUUCGCAAGAGAAGCCCGGAUGAAGAUGAAAGCUCCUCGGUUACUGGGGAAACUUCCGGUGCCGCCGAACAACCAGGACAAAAAUACACCACAUCCGGAUCUGGAUUAUGGAGAUAUAUUACAAAUAAACAUGCGCCACUAAUAAAGCCGUUUAAACAAACCGAAAAACGAAGUAUGAGCACAAAUUCACUAGGAAGUCUCUUAUCUGCUCUCAAAGCGAUCAGCUCUCUUACUCCAGAUGAACAGGACACUUCCGGUCAGGAAGUUGGCUCUUCGGGUUCUGGGUUGUGGCCUUCACAGGAAAAGGAAGUAGAUGAUGAUAAGUUGCCGAAGUUUUUUGAGGAAGAGAAGAGUUCAGGAAGUGGAGACAACCCCGAAGAAGCUCUGAGUAUGAUAAACGAAGCGGCAGAAAGGGAACUGAACAGUAAGGUGGAGGAUUCAAGCAUCGAGGACAUGCAACAUGAAACUGGCGAGAAACUAUUCCGAAGAGAACUACAAAGAGAUUCGCUAGAAGAUGAUUUAAUGGCAGCUGUUGAGAACAUGAAGUUAAUUCAUGAUUCUGACCAAGAUGAGGGAUCUAGUGGAUCCUUAGGGUCUACAAUGCACGCUGAUGAGGACGAAGGUACUGGGAAAGGAGAAGAAAGUGAAAUAUCGGGCCAAACGGAAGAAGACCAUUUUGGAGGAAGACCGGCCGUUGAAACUAGACCGGAAGUGACGUCUCAAUCGCAAGCCAAGUCUGUAAGGUCAAUAACUGAUGUGAUAUUCCCGGAUUCAUUUUAUCGCAAGAAGAGAUCCUCUGAAGAAAACUCUUUUCUAGUUUCCGAGAAUAACCCAGGAGAUAAUGACGCAUUAAAAAGCGACAGUCUUGUGGCGCGGUUUUACCGCGACCAGGACGCACACGCGGACGAACCGGAAACCAUUGAUCUUUCUGCGGCAUCCCUUUCUAGCGAGACCAAAAAACAAGCCAAACAAGUAAAGCGAGAAACCUACUACCAACAUUCAGGAGACUAUUCGGAGCCACGCGUGGUGUAUACGCGUGAGAUAAGGAAUGCUCCAGAGGCCAUCAUAGAGCGACCGGCGAUUUACUCGCAUAACUACGAUGAACGUGAAAUGGAUUCGAGCUUUGGUGGCGAUGAUGACGAUGACGAGGCGACUUUAACGAUUCAUGAAAGAGAGAUCAGAGAAGAUGGUAGGUGAAUUAAAACAUUUCUUAAUGAUUCUACUGUUACUCAACUCCUAAGUCAAGAGAAACAAGUAUAAACGCAACAGAAUUUUUUUUAUAAGGCAAGGUUGGCACCAGGUUUUAAAAAUCAGUAUUUCUGCAUGUUAUGUUAGUUUUGUUUGAAUGUUUAUAUAUCCCUAAAACCUACAUUGUACAUGUACCUUUAAGGCGGAAGUGCAGUUUCAAAAUUCCUCAAAAAAGCAGAGUUAAUAUAGCCUAACACUAUUAGAACAACUAAGCUUCACUGGAUAACCAAGGUUUAUCAGUCUCUUUCCUGGUGUACUAGCCUCACGGCUUUUUGCGGACCAGUUUGCUGCCUUCCAUAGCCAAUACUGUACAGACAAUGGCUUGCCAUUACAGCUAAACGCUUUCAUUUUCCUCUCAAUUAGGAUAUGUUGGUUGCUUUGAAGAUAAGUCUCCAGACCGAGACCUUCCCACUGUGCUCUCAGUUCCCCACCUUACCCCUGACUCGUGCCGCAGCGCGUGUCAAGGCGCUGGUCACGCUUAUGCCGGAGUGCAGUAUGGAUAUUUGUGUCGGUGUGGUAAUUCUUAUGGAAAGUAUACCAAGGUCCCGGAUGAUGAAUGUAAUGCUUUGUGUUCGGGAGACAAGGCACAAAAAUGCGGUGGAUUUUGGAGAAGUGCUAUUUUCACCACUGGUAGGUCAUACAAUCCUUUUAGACAUUUAAUUAGCUAUACUAGCAAUAACCUGAGGUUAGGAAGUGCGGCCGACAACGAUCAAAGGUUAAAACGCUUUUUCUCCAAGGCUGUGCUUUGCGUAUGUUUCACGUGAUAGAAGGUCAAACCACGAGUGAUCAGAUUACGAGUGAGGGAAGGUCCAAAACCGCGCGUGAACAGAUUGCAUUCUUUAAAUUCCAAUCAAUCUUAGUCGAAGUCGAAACGAAGCUGCAAUAUGGCUACAUACGUGCUGUGCAAGCGUAAUUGCAAACUGUAGACUAGUAAUAACCAAAGGUUAGGGAGUGCGGGCAACAACGAUCGAGGGUGCAAACGCUUUUACUUUAUCGAUGUGCUUUGCGCAAGUUUCACCUGACAGAUGGUCAAAACAUGCGUGAUCAGAUUACGACUAGUGGAAGGUCGAGACGCUAGUGACCAAAUUGCGUUCUGUGAAUUCCAUUCAUUCUUAGUGGAAGUCCAAACGAAUGCUGGCUACAUACAUGCGACGCAUGCGUAAUAACAACCUAGAGAUUAGGAUUGCGGGCCCCUCUAGUCGCUCGCAAUUAGGAUUGCGGGCUCCCCUUGUCGUCCGCUAAAACAAUGUAAGAUGUAUCGGCUCCCGACUAACUACACCUUCCCAAAAAUAUCUCAUUUUUGUCUCCAUCUUUUGUUUCUUAAACAGCCGGUGCAAUGCAACCUUCAAAGCGGGGAAACUUCUUCCAUAUUGACAGCGUUGAGCCUAUAACCGAAGGUACAGAAAUUUCUAUUACUCUUUCCCUCGUCUAGCAAACCUUUACCAUAAAAUUGUCAUACUUACACUAGAUUGUCUACAUGACGUAAUAAACACGUUGGUACUGACAGGCAAUUUAUGAACACAAGCAAAAAAGCCGCUUCCUUUGAGAACAUUACUUCUGCAAUCACUAACAAAGGCGACUCAGAAAACAAAAAAAAACAAGCAAACAAAGAAACAACAACAACAACAACAACAAAAUCCGAGUUCAUCCAACAGGAUUCACAACUAUGACCCUGUGGUUUACGAAUGCAGAUCGUUCUUCUAUGACAAGGCGCGACGAUAGCGCCGGCGUAAACUGGCUUCAGAUCAUUCAUACAGGGCAGCAAAGAAAAAUGGCGUUUUUGCACUCUAAUUUGUGAAGAAAACAUGAAAAGAAUAGUUGUUAGACACAAAAGUUACGAAUGUUUGGGCCUUAUGUUGUAUACGAUCGUUUCCAACCUGUUAUUAUGCAUCUGGUGACGGUAUCAUCAUUUUCACAGCGAAUCCAUUUUUGGUUCGAGACUUUCAUUCCCUGCAGGUACUGCACACAAAAUAAGGUAUGGCGAAAACGUAGUGUUCCGAGUGCCGGAUUGCAACAAACAUUUAUUCCCCUGGAUUUAUUUCCUCUUUAUUGUUCAGAUAUCUUCGAAACGCCACGCAGUGAGAUCUCCUCAGGUGACGAUCAUUCCGGGGAGACAUCCAUAACAGUGAAAGCCUCCGACGAACCAGCGCGCAAUGAGGCAACUAGCCAAUCAGAAUCAUCCGGAGCUUCUACGCUGGAAAUACACCGUGACACGUCCUUUCAGGAGUCCCCGUUGACUUCAGUCUCUGGGAUAAGCGUGGAAGAAGCCCCGAUGCCAUUACAUCCUGAGCAGUAUGCCCUGAAGGACGACACAGUAGCACAGGUGCUAUCUGCUGAAAUUACCAAAGACGACGAGACGGCUGCUAAGCGUGCAGACACUGGCACUAUUCAUCAACAAGUAAUUGGGCACUUAGACUCGACCAAUAAGGAGACACCAGAGGAGCACGAUAACCAGCCCAAACAAACGCCUCAGGGUACCCAUGGGAGUCAGUUCAUGUAUUUGCAUCAGCAACGACACAUCGCGUCCACACCAACUUCAAAAGGCCAUAUCGCAGUACAGCCUUCAAAAGUGGACGCUGGUAGUAAGUCUCCAAAGACAUGUAUAUAUCACGUUUUUGGAUAAAUUUCUGUCUUUUCGAUCUGAUUUCAAACCCUUGUGGCCUUUUGCUGAAAUCAAUAUCACGAGAAGCAGAGCGAACGAAACUUAUAAUUGUGAUGAAGAAAUGCUAAAGGACUAAAAAAUCCUUACUAUUCGGGCUAGAAUCGGUAUUUUUUGGACCACUUUCAGUCAUUUGGAUUAAUAAGAGAUAAAAAUUAUUGAACUUUGCAUAGCUCACCAAUAGUGCUUGGAAAUUUGUCAAUAAGAUUGACUUCAGAGUAUAAUGAUAAGCGAAUCACAGUAAAUCUUGACAUUUUUGCGGCCAAUGUCGUCUCAUGUAAUCUGAAUCUUAUUUUCUUCUUGUUAUUUUUCUGGUUUAGCUGUAAUGUAUACAGGAACGAUUAAACUGAAACAGAGCUGGCUGGAUCAGUUUGAGGACGCAAAUAGCGCGGACUCCAAAAUUUUGUCAGGAAAUAUUGUGCAAGCGGUAAGUGUUUAUUAACCCAUGCAACGGGAUUAUUACCUGUAAGACAGAACACAGGAAUCCGGGAGGUUUUUGCUCAUGGAAUUCGAGAAAUUUUGAAUCAGAGGACUGUUUUCCUUUUGGAAACCGGAAUCCUGAGUUUUGGAAUCCGGAAUACAACUCAAGAAAUACGGAUCCCACUAACGAAUGGAAUCCAGAAUCCAAGCUCCGCGGACAAAGAUUCCGGUACCCAUUACCUGGAAUCCGGAAUCCAUGGCGUGGAAUCCAGAAUCCAAGACUGUCCUAAAAUUCCUUACAUGGAACGAGGAGAUGCAACCUCUUGUCAUCCCCACGUAAGGAAAGGAAGGGGGGAAGGUGGGAAAUUACGCAACAAUGCUUCGCAUAAUUAUAUCGAAAAUAUUUCGCAAUAGAAAAAAAGGGUUAAAGGGAGGAAACAAAGAAAUUCCACACCGAUGGAGUGUCACUAGCAGAUCUGGGUAGUGGUUCCGAUUGGUCGAACCGAUAGGGAAAUUUGCUUCAACUAAUCAGAAGCACAACCCAGAUCUGGAAAGUGGCGUCAUCAGUAUGGAAUUUCUGCGAUCGUUCCUCAGACGUUAAUUCGCGGGGAAACCAGUGAUCGUCUAGCGAAAUGUGCACUCUCUUCUUAGGCUAGUCACCCAUUUAAAACGGACAUUAUCUAUGGUCCACUCGUGGUUCGACUGUACGCGGCGUAUGUCUUACUACUGACACACACUGCUGCUUUGACUAAAAAUCAAAGCAAGGUCCGAGCUUGAUUGUGCCUUUCCACCCCUUUUUCUCGAACUUCCAACUUUACUAACUAUAUUAUUGUAUCUGCAAUGUUGUUUUAAAUUAAAUUUGUUCUUAUUUCGCAGUUUAAACGAAUAUUCAAAAACGAGCCGAAGUUUGUUAACGCUGAAGUUGUGGGGCUCAGGUAACAACCAUUAAGAAGUAUUUACUUAUUUUGAUCAAGAUGGUGAUGAUGACGAAGGUGAUGACGAUGAUGUUGAUGACUUUUAAGGCUCCAACUAAAAAGCUUUAUUUAAAUCUUACAAAAAAAAUACUAGCAAUUCUCUUUGGCGAGGGAUGGUAGGCUUGAUUUCCUUCCCAUGGCUUUCAAUGGUGACAUUUUACAGGCAUAAGUAACUCUGUCUUAGCAGUCACUCACAAUAGCCUCCCCAUUCCCCCCCUCCCCCCCCCUUCCAUCCUGGAAAGGAACGACAACUACUCUAAGUAAAUUACAUAAGUAUCACUGUUUUCUUUUCUAAGAGAGGGACUGGUGAAACAUAAUCCCAACACGAUACGAAAAGUGAUCGCUCCUUUCGUCUUGACAUUUAAACAUGGCGCCAAGGGUGUAGAGGAGAAAUUAAAAAGUAUGGUAAAGAAGACGGAAAGACUUGAUGACAUGCCUGUUUACAAGAGUUCGCUUCAGAUAUCAGGUAAGUGAAGGAUGAGCGUCAUUCAUAUAAAACACAGUUUGAAUUUCUGGAGUUUCUUUUCUCGGGUAGAGAAGUAUUAAAAAUUUUGACUAACAGGUUUAACAUCUGUUCAAUAAUAAAGCGUUUUUUGGCCGGCGUUUAUGUUACGUUUCUUGCACUGAACAGGAGUGAGUGGUUAGAUAAGAACUCCCACAGGACUGAAUUUGAACAUCAUGCUCGCCUCAUGGAGAAAAAAAAUAAGAAAAAAAAAUACUUGAUGUUUAAUAGAUUUUCUUUCUCGGCGGAUAUCCUGCAUUCGACGUUGUGUCCAUUGUGCCAUUUUAUGUCGACCACAGAUAAAAGUGAGAAGAAACGAAUGAAAAAAAAAAAAAAAAUCUUGAAGAAGAGUGGGUCUAAAGAAAUCUAAAUCUAAGUCGCCUUACCCUUGGGAUAGUAUUGAACUUACGCGAAACAGGACGGGAAAGGAAGGAAGAGAGAAGAAAAAAAGCCUUUAGUGACAAUAAUUAAGUUAAUUUGAGGAAAUUUUCCGCCAGUCUUUACCUUAAAAGGCAUUUUUAUGAAAAACCACAACACAGUAAUGUUAAGGAAGAUCGCGAAGAAGCACAUGUAACUGCCCUAUCACGUUUGUUACACACAACGGUAUUGCCACCUCUUCUUCCUGCCUUCCUGUUGAGUAAGCUCACUAAAAAUAGUGGGGUCGGUGCGAGGAGAUUAGAGUGUGCAUGAAAGUAGAUCCUAAAGAGCCUUAGGAAGCAAAGCAUAAGUCAAGUGUAAACGCAAACGCAACGAAAACCCGGGAAAUGCUGGCAAAACAUCGAAGACUUUUUCAGUGCUGUAUGAUCACCUGUGAUUAAAAGACUGACUUAACGCAUACGUCAGUUUAGAUUGAAAAUCCGUAUUUGCUAUGCAGAGUAUAACCAUUCAACGGCUCCACCAGGAAGAAAAGAAACUGCCCAAGACCCCGUCAACAAUAAACGGAAAAACGAAGAAGAAAAGAGAGAUGCAGUAAAUAUUCCAAGUAUGUUUUGAACCACUAGCGUAAUCAAAGUAAUUUUUUUGUAUUACUGCCCUAUUUUACAUGUAAACGGGUGCUGUAAAUUAAAAGGGAAUACCUAGCUAGAAAAGGGACUCGUUAAAUGCAAAUGAGCAAUUCAGUAAUGCAUUGAAUCAAACGUCACUUCAAUUACGAGACUGCUCGCGAUCAAUUACACUUAAAAAGAGCGGGCGAACACCAGUGAGGGUGUGUUAAACUGGGGAACACAGGUGCAUAAACAGCCUCAAUGCGAUUUAGAGAUAUAUAGUAGGUAGUAAACAGUGCACGGCAAAAAAAGUGCGUGAGAUAAAGCCUGCGAAAACAGUCAUAUAUGUUCUCAUUCGCUUUCAAAUUUAUACGAAGGUCAGAGAAAUCAGGUCAUAUCCACCGUCUGAAAAAUGAUCACACAAUAAAUCAUUAGAGCGAACAUGCGUGCGAUGGCUGCGUGCUGUUACAUAUCAACAAGCCAGGAAAAAAAAAAUUAGUAAUCUCAUCGUCGGUCUAACUCACACCCUUGUUUUUUUUUUUUUUUUUUUUUUUUUUUCAGACGGUGGCGUUGAUCCUUUUCUUAAGAAGAUCUUUAAUCAGAUUUCUACCUAA